ACCCCUAGCAUUGGUGGAGCUUUUGCUCCUUUCUCUGUUGUAAAAAAGUUGUUUGUUUCGUUGACGAAAUAUGUUCCUAUCUCUAGUUCCAACGCAACCAGUGCAUUGUCCCUAACGGUCUUUACACUUCACCUCGCAGAACUUCUCCUCGGCCUCUUCACCUCGCAGAACUACUCCCCGGCCUCUUCACUUCGCACCUCAACGUUGGCAUCUUCAUCGGAAAGACCCACCAGAUGCUGAAUUGUGCAAUUUGAUGAAGAUCGAUUGUAGUAAAUAUUAGAAGGCUAAUUCUUCUUUAUGGGCCCAAGUUUUAUGUUUACCUGAAGAACAUUAGUAGCAAAGCAAAGUGAUGGAUGUGGAAGGAAAAGGUUUGAAAGCAGGUGGUUCGAGUUCAAUUCCAGGUCUGGGUUCAUCUGGGAAGCGCAGAAAGACUUGUUGUUUGGCGGUUAUCGGCACCACUAUCGGCAUCGUAAUAUUAAUUGUCAUAUUGGCUUUCACGGUAUUCAAGGCCAAGCGUCCCGUGACAACGUUCGACGACGUAGGCAUCAAAGACCUCGACUUCUCUCUCGACAUUGCCAGGCGCACCGUGGACUUGAACGUCACUCUCGAUGUCGAUGUUUCCGUCAAGAACCCCAACAAGGUCGGCUUCAAGUAUUCCAACUCCACCGCCCUCCUCAACUACAGAGGCCAGCUCGUCGGUGAAGCCCCACUUAUCGCUGGUGAUAUAUCCGCCGGCGAAACCAAGCACAUGAACCUGUCGCUCACCAUCAUGGCCGACCGCUUGCUCUCCAACACCGAGAUUUUCUCCGAUGUCACCUCCGGUGUCCUGCCCCUCAAUACCUACAUCAGACUUUCUGGGAAAGUCAAGAUUUUUUUGUUUAGAAUACACGCCGUAUCAUCCUCAUCUUGUGAUUACAACAUCCACAUCUUCAAUCGAACUGUCGACAAUCAAGGCUGCAAGUAUAAGACAAAACUUUAAAUACACUUUUUGUUUCGCCCUUAUAAUGUAAUUUGAUUCAGAAUCUUGUUUCCGUCCUUACUUCUUUUUAUAUUUCACUCCACUGUUUUCAUUUGUCCCUAUUAGUGGAUUACCGGUAUAAUAGUAUUCAAAAUGCCGUA